GGCGUGUAUUACACUUUUACAGAACAGCACACGUCAGGAUGAGGCAGUGCCGAGCAGCUGGUACCACCGCUGUCACCACCUGAUCACCUGGCAACAUGAACCUGAGCUUCCACCGACGUCUGGUCCUGGUCUGCGCCCUCUUACUGUGCUGGGCCUGCAUUGGCGCGUACGGGCUGCAGUGUUACGCCUGUCUACAACAGAUCAGCCAUGCGGCCUGUAACAGGAUGGCACCCGAGAACUGCACGGGGCAGGACGAGAACGCCUGCUACACGCAAGUGGAGAGGUACCUGCACACAGGCAAGAAAAUCACCAAGGGUUGCUCAAACACCGUCCGUUGCCAAAAGGGUCAGUCCCUCAACCACGACUGCGAUCGGCCGCCCCGAAAGUGCACUUACUGCUGCGUGGGAAACCUCUGCAAUAGGUCCAACGGCCAACAGAGGGCGCUGUCGCACGGUGUGCUGUUCACCACUGGUGUGGCUUUGACCACGGUGUUUUAUCUCACCAUCACCAGCGGACUGGAUGUAUGACAGUUAUUGAACACGGCCUAAAUGACAACUGUCCACAAAAUAAAGGCGAAGAUAUACUUCUCCGAUUCUACGACGGUUUCUAGUCAAUGUACAAGAAUCAGAUGGCAUGCUGCCGUAUCAAAAAGCUAAUCUCCAAGCAGAUCCUACGGUGGCAAUACUAGUAGAUA